AUGGCGUUGACGUUGACGCCGACGACGAAUAAUAUGGCGCCGUGGAUCACGGUCCUAACUUAUGCAUGGGCGAACGCGGACUCUUGGCGCAUCGAAGACGCGGAUGUAGAAGGCGAGGAUGGACAACUUGGCCGCGGUGAUGCAGAGCUUGAACACUCCAGCAGGAUGGGUGACUUGCUCAGGGUCCAGUACAGCAUGCCAAAGCGACUGGCGGGCGCGAUGGUGUUGCAGCCCUCGCGGGACACGGAGACAAUGUCCCCAAAAGGUUGGCAGCCCGCAAGCGCGACGAACAACGACACCCAGAGGUACAUCGCGAGUCGGUUCAAUAGCAGCAUCUUCUCGACGCUGCACAACUAG